AUGGGUGCCUUCAGCAAAGCUACCGGCAUUUACAGCGCCAAGCUUGGCCUUUACAUGUACGCCGUUUCUCUUCAGAUGGCCAUUGGAUACUGUAUGCUUCUGUGCUCUCCUAACAAGCUUGACAUUGGUGCCAUCAUUGCUGCCCGCAAUGUUACGGACAUCAAGGCUGUUGGCUUUGACUUGCUCCAGGGUGCUGGUGCUGCCCACAUGAUCUUGGCUGUUGCUACCUUUGGUCUUCUUAUCUUGGCUCACUUCGUCACCGCAUGCUUCAAGAUCCCUAUGUUGGUUGUUACUGUCCUCCAGACUGCUUACUGCAGUGCUACUGCUUCUAUCUGCGCAGUCUACUUGCAGCGCGGUAACGCCCUUAUCAGCGACGCCUUCAAGAUUCUCGCGAAGACCGUUGUCAGCGCCAUCGACCCCGGUUUGAACCAGCUUUUGAUUGACAACCGUAACUUCCUCUUCCUCAUUGGUCUGCUUUCUGUGAUUGCGGCCUCCCUCUUCCACAAGGCUCAAAUGGUCAAGGGUACCGACAGCUCCACUCAAGUCAUGGUUGUCGUUCCCUCCAUCAGUCUCGGUUUGGGUAUUGCCUUCGCGCUUUGCGCUCCCUGCUGCGGCUACAGGACCUUCAGCUUGGGUCUCCUCUGGUCUUUGACUUGCAUUGUUGGUGAUGUCAUCAGCUCUGUCAGCAGGUUCUUCUGCUUCAAGCCCCUCAAGAUCAUCAUGUUGGCUGUUCACGCCCUCAUUGUUCUCCUCUCCGUCAUCACCAUUGGUGUCUGCACCACCAUCUACACUGGUGGCAAGAUCGACUACUCUGGAUACCUUGCCAUUGUUCACGGAGAAGUUCAGAGAUUCGGCAAAACUGGUCACGCCAUUGCCAACUAUGAUACCGUCACCAAAUACCUGCAGAAGUUCACCGACUCCUACUCCGACGAGACCCUUAACGUGUUGAUGGGCAACGGUACCUACUUCAUUGUCAUCGUUGUUCUCUCCAUCGUCUGCCUGCUCUUCGGUAUUCUCUCUCUGUUGUACUCUGUCUUCAGGUUUUUCGACAGGUCUCGCGACUCUGGUGAGUCCGACGCUGCCAACACACAGGGCAUGAAGAUUGUCGUCUCUUAA